AGCUGAGCCUUUCAGUAUAAAACCUGUGACCAUUGCGUAUUUGUGCUGCUGUGCGUCCCGAAUCGUCUUGGAAUCAUGCAGGCUGCUUUAGUGCUUACGAUCGUCCUGAGUGUGCUGCUCGGUGCCCUCGCUCAGAAACCACACCACUGUAAAUCCCCACCGUACCUACAGGGAAAGUUAUAUGUAAACUUUCCUGAGGGAAAGACAGUAGUGUAUGAGCAGUUCUACUAUGACGCUUUGGAGGAGAGGAUUCGUGUUGUCGCAGCUGGGAAGGAAGGCGAACAUGAUGUGUUCAUGGAUCGACUUCUGCUUUUCAGAGAAAAAGUUUACUUCGACAUCAGUUACCACAACAAAAGCUGUGUUAAGGGAUCUCUCGACGCUGCCUUUAUUCCCAUCGCGAUUCCCUUCGAUGCCCAGCACAGGGCCCAAGUUGUCCUAGGAAGUUUGUCUGCUCCUGGGCAGGGCCUGCUGGUCAACAACUGGGUGGGAUCAAACGCUGAGAUAAAAGCAAACUACUCCAUGACCUUUACAGAGUUUGGCUGUAUUCCUGUCGUCACCAUCUAUAAGAUCGAUGGCCAGGGCCACUUUCUGUCAAGCUUCUUCGACAUCGUCACCGGCAUGGAGGAUCCCUCAGUCUUCAUUCCUCCAGAUUUUUGUUUCUCCAAAAACUUGGUGGAGCAGAAAGAAGGCAAAGCAACAAACUUCUUCACUGCUUUACUGUAAACGAUGUGGUGCAUUAUACACGUGAUUUCCUUCUUUCCUUACCUCGCUGCAUCCGCUGCUGUUUAAAAUUCUCGUUCAAAUAAAAUGAACAGAAUGAUGCUCAAAUCA